UAGAUAGGAUGUUAUGUUCACCGAAAUCGUUGGCCGGGCAGGUGCAAACGACCGUGUAAAAUGAACAGGGUGUGAGGGAUGUUUAAAAAAAUGAAUUUGGGUCGCGCGCCUAGCUGAGGGUACUCGUUUAUGAAAGGAAAAUGAAAGUGAGAGUUCCAUAAGUGCACCCGCAUCGACACAAUGCGUCUCUGCGUGAAAGCGGUUAUUAUUGUCGUUCUUUGGAAUUCGAAUUUUAUUGACAAAUGUUCGACAAAAAAAUUAAAGAAAGUAUUAGGCUCUGCUUUUAUGGGUGAUAUCCUCUCUCAACUACCCGCCAGACUCCAGUGUGUUGGCACUGGUAAAAACUUUACCAACUUCAUGUACUAUUCUAGAGUGCAUCCAGAUAAACAUCGACCACUAGUACCGGGGGACCAGGAACUUCUGUACUCAUCUGAUUAUGAUUCAACCCUUCCAACGAAAGUGAUUGUGCACGGUUUUCUGGACAGCAUACACGUUACAGAUUGGAUGCAAAAAAUGAAGACGAAAUUUCUUGUGACUGGUGACUACAACGUGAUUAUUGUAGACUGGAGUUGUGGUAAUGAGUUUCCAUAUUCUCAAGCCAUUCAGAACUCAAAGAUAACUGCAGACCAGUUGACAAAGCUCGUCAAAUUUAUACAAGAUGAAACAGAUGCCAAGCCCGAUGAUUUUCAUCUGAUUGGCCACAGUAUGGGCGGUCACAUCGCUGCCCUAGUCGGCCAUGCGGUUCCUCAUCUGGGACGGAUAUCCGCUUUGGAUCCUGCUGGACCAAGAUUCUACUCGGCUCCUUUAGAAGAGAGACUGGACCCGGGUGACGCCAAAUUUGUGGAUGCCAUUCACACUGACUCUGGAUCCGGUUUGUUUGAAGGUCUUGGAAUGCGUGCCCAGGUGGGACACGUUGAUUUUUAUCCAAACGGCGGGAAAGACCAGCCUGGUUGUCACAGUUCACCUUUUGAUAUUUUACCCAGAAUAGGGUGGCAAAGAGCUGCGAGAUAUUAUACAACAUGUGACCACCUGCGAGCUGUUGAAUAUUAUACUGACAGUAUCAGAUCGCCGAUUCAGCCGAGAAGAUCGGGCAGUGUCUGCCAGCAUAUAGCCGUAGCAUGCAGGGAUUGGGAGACUUAUUCUCAAGGGAGGUGCGCUGAUUGCUCUCACGAUGGUGAUUGCGCUCUCAUGGGAUACAACAGUGAUCUGUUCUGGAAUCCUGAAGUCAACAAGCACGAGUAUUUUGUGAAGACAUCAGAAGAAGAACCAUUUUGCUUGUUCCAGUACCAGGUGAUUGUUGAGACAGAGUGUGAGCAUGGUUCGUGUCAUGAUCCAUCUGCGGCUGCUGUCAACCCAGGAGUCAUGCGAUUGGAGUUGAAAACUAGAACAGGAAGAAUGGCAAGGCUUGAUGAUAAAGAUGAAAAAGAAAUGAAACCUGGUGGUCAGUAUGUGUAUUUGGCCACAAGCAGAUUUCCACUGGGAGGUGUUCAGGCAGCCAAAGUAUGGUUCGGAUCUGUCUUCAGGAGAACGGACUCUCUUGCUUUACCUAGAACACAAUCCAAUAGUUUGAAUCUCAAGAAAAUAGAGAUAGUACCCAUCGAGAUACCCGAUAAAGUAAAUAACUUAUCCUCUCAGCAACAGGAGCCAGAAAUCACAGUUCUGUGUGGUUCAUCUACCGAUAAAACUAUUUCUAGAAAUAAACAGCUCGAACUGACUAUAAAUAACUGUUAAAGCACAUGUGAAUGUGCUAUUUAAAAUAUAUAUUUCUUAUUUACAAUAUGCAUGUUCAUAAUGAAUUGAAACUCUUUUGAAUUUUUUUUCUGUAACAUAUUGCAUCGAAUUACAUUUCUAGUUUUAAUAAGAAGCUUUACAUGUAUUUUCAUGUAUUCAUUUUCAAAAUACAUUAUUAUUUUUCUAUGCACUGAAAUAACGAUGAAAUUUCUUUUUG